AUGGAGUCCGUUGUCACAUCAUUCAAGAAGUUACGAGAGCGAGUUUCGCCCGUAAAGAACGCGGCGUUGCUCUCUUCCCGUGAACAUAUUCAAAACAAGGUUCUUGACUUGGAAAUGGAACUUGCAAAGAAGCGUCGGAGUUCGGUGGAUGAUCCGUUUGCAGACAAAUCGAGCAAGAUGGCCAGAACAGGUGAUAUUUCUCGUGACAAUUCUUCGGUAUGCCAUAUUUCGCCCGUGGACACCGAUAGCACCAUGAGUUCCAAGUACAUACGCGACGAGAACCUCAGGUCUGGAAGACGGGAGAAGCUGCCGGAUUCGAAGGCAGAGACGCAACUGGUAGAUUCAGAAAAGUUGAUCAGUGAUACAGCUGAGGAAGACGCGGUCACACUCGAAGUUUUGGAAGAAAUGCACAAGCUAGAAGAAUGUUUUCCUAUUUUGGCAGAGAAGUACCGGUUGCUAGACAAGAUCGGAGAAGGAACAUUUUCCACCGUUUACAAAGCUGAAGCAGUGAACGGGGCUGUUGUUUUGGGUUCACAGAUAUGGAAAUCACCUCCUCUUCAUCGCACAGUGUCUCGGUCACAGAAAAAGAAGAACCCAUUAGUGGCUCUCAAGCAGAUUUAUGUGACUUCUUCGCCCAAUCGUAUACAUAAUGAGCUCAGCUUGCUCUACAUGUUAAGCGGGAACUCUCACGUGGCACCUUUGCUUGAUAUCUUGCGUUAUCAAGACCAGGUAUUGGCUAUUCUUCCUUAUUACCAGCACGCAGACUUUCGGGAUUUUUACCGUGACCUCCCUGUCAAGGGUAUUAAGAAGUACAUGUGGGAGCUUCUCCAGGGAUUGGAGUUUGUGCAUAGUAAGGGCAUCAUCCAUAGAGACCUCAAGCCAACUAAUUUCCUCUAUGACCCAUUCAAAGGAAAAGGUGUACUUGUGGACUUUGGCUUGGCUGAAAAAAUGCCUCUGUCCAUGUCUUCUUCGAACCGUUCCACAAACAUGUGUCCGUGCUUGUCCAAAGACCGGAGUGCCAACGUCAAGAUCCAUCUGAAACGCCUUAAUAUCAAGGCUGCAUACCCUAAGCUGGAUCAAAGACCUCCUAGGCGUGCAAACCGUGCCGGAACCCGAGGCUUCAGAGCCCCGGAAGUGCUCUUCAAGUGCACCAACCAGUCGACGAAGAUUGAUAUUUGGUCUGCGGGAAUUAUAUGCUUGUCGCUAUUAGCACGCAAGUUUCCACUUUUCAACUCUCCCGACGAUAUUGAAGCCCUCGUGGAGAUACUUCUCAUAUUUGGGGUCGAAAAGCUUCAGAAAUGCGCCGAACUCCACGGCUGUGGCCUUGAAAUCAGCAUUCCCAACGUCCUGACUACCAGCUACAACGGCAACUUAGUUAAGCUUUUGACAACCGUUCUCAGUCACGAGGAUGAAAAUGAGUGCCUCCCCUCAGAUUCUGUCAUUUACGAUACAUUAAAGUACCUCGAUCCGAAAACAAAUACCCUUGUCAAGCCUUCGCUAUCCAACAGCCAAGACGUCUCCAGCGACGAAUACGAUCAAGUCAAAAGGGAUCUCGAAGGCUAUAAUGACCUUAAGCAUUUACUCCAACUCCUCUACGGAUCGCUUAGUUUGGACCCAAGCAAACGUCACUCCGCGAGCCAACUCAUGAAAGCACCAUUCUUUAGCGAGAUGGCCACCCACAAGGAUGACGAGGUGUUGUUGUGA